AUGGGGGGCGCCGAGGGGGAACGCGAGCAGGCUGGGGUGAAAACUUUUGGCCUGAUCGGAAGCGGCAACCAGGACAACCUGAGUAUGUACAUGGAGUUAGUGGACGGCAUCUUUUUGAACCAAAUCAUGUUGCAAAUAGAUCCCAGGCCGACGAACCCACGCAUCAAUAAGCACGUCAACAACGACGUCAACCUUCGCAUUCAGAACCUGACCAUCCUGGUGAGAAACAUUAAGACCUACUACCAG